AUGGAAGAAUCAAUUAGCACAAAGUACAAAGAAAGCCUUGUGCAAGAUGAAAACUCCUCUUCAAGAACCAAAAGGAAACUACGAUUGAUAAUCUGUCUGGUAACUCUCUUCAGUCUCAUAAUUGCUGCAAUUAUCUCUGCUUCAAUAAUACUUAAACAAGAAACAGAGUCCAAAUCACUGUCGUUUAACCCAACAGACGCUAUUCGAAACGUCUGUGAUGCCAUCAGUGAUGAUCCAGACUCAUGUUUUGACUCCAUUGCUGCACUUUCAGAUGCCGUAAUCCCCUCCUUAUUAUGGUCGAAAAACAGAGAUAAAAUUAACCUAUCUCGGAUCUUCAUCCUUUCGCUUUAUGCUUCACGGAUCGAGCUUGAGAAUGUCGCUUCUUCAAUUGAAAAAGCAAUUUCAGAGGAACAUAUGAUUGACACCAAGAGUGUUGGGGUAUUGAGAAAUUGCCAAGGAAUGGUCAAAUUCUCUCUGAAGCAACUCAAUGAAUCGGAAAUGAGUUUGGGUAUCGAUCCAGAUGAGAAAAUACAGGCGAUUAAUAAAGUUGUUUGGGAUUUACAGCGGUGGAUUGGCGAGGCCAUGGGUCAAGUACAGAGGUGCAUUGAUUUGCUGGAGGAUAUUCCGUCGACGACGGUUAGGGCGGAAAUAAGAAGGAAAAGCUAUGAAGCCCAGCAAAGGAUGAGGAAUAGCAGAGGAAUAUUGCAUAAAAUCGACGACAUUUUCGACCUGUUUUACCCGAGAAUUGGAUCAGCAUUAGGCUCUUUGUUUUGGGAAUUUGAAUAUGGGCUAAAUGUUUGGCUUUUUUGCUUUGGGUAUUUGCUCUUGAUUUUUCUUUUUUGCCGCUUGUUACGUGUGUAUUGA